CCGUGGUGCCUGCUACACAAGUAAUUUGUAUUAUGAACGUUCCUGCACGACACGAUACUCGUCAGGCACUGUAAUUUCCACCGUUGUAGUGCUCGUUUGUGCCGCAGCAACGACCAUCCCCGGAAUCCAUUAGGGCGACCGCUGGCAGGCAGCGAUGUUGCCAAAAACGACGRCCUUGCCGUUUCUGGUCCUUGCGUUCUUGGCUGCGGCGGUMMGAGGGCAAGAGAAAAGCGACAGCAGCGGCCACAACGCAACAUCACCGGUUCCGUCUUCCUUCCCCGACGCUCCGUUCUACGACGACGAGGACAUCGACAACGACCAGAGCGACAGCGAUGCCGAAGAGGGAUGCGGUGCGGGGGCSAACUGCACGUAUUCGUGCGGCGACUAUUCGCUGGCCUUACCGAUCGGGAGACUGGGCAACAAAGGCUCGGGUGGGUCGUCCGGCAAGGGGGAGCGCCCGGUCCGAUUCAUCUCCGCCGACAUCACGUGCGCCUUUGACAGCGACCGCAAAAUCUUCGACAACGAUUACAUCUCGAGGAACGACAUCAAGAACAUGGUCUGGAAGACCAACGAGGGCGACCCGGUCCUCCUCUGGAAGCUYGCCGGGGGGGGCGGGAACCUGACCGUGUCGGAACCCCCCAAUAGCGCUGCUGAUGUUGGUGCCGGUGCUGAUGGUACGAGCCAGGGAGCGAUCGUCGACCCCCGCCAGUGGUGCGGGGAACCCCAGCAGGACGGCGAAAUCUGCGAGGACGAUGACAUCGCGAUCCCGAAAAAGAUCCACGUUCGGAUCUACGCCAUCGACGACGACCUGGAACCGAGAUACCGGAGCCACCCGUGGGAAAUGAUCCUGCCUUUCUACGACGUCCUACCCGAUGUCGAAUUCGACAACCACAGCUACUUGAAUUCGGAACUCCUGCGGUUCGUUUGGAACCRAACCGCCGGCAAGAAACGGAGGCGCAAGAACCAUCCCACUACUUGGGAAAAAAUUGUGGAGGACACAAGAGGGCAAGAAAAGGACGAAAACUACGCAGCCCUCGAGAUGUGGAUACCCAACUGGAUGCUAGAGACCAGCAUUAUCAUGGGUCCAAAGUACGACUACUCCCUGGGGAUCGAGAUUGGCGGCACGGUGAACAGUGGUGGGAACGGCAGCAACGACAACAACGAGACAAUAGCAGCAGCUAGCGAGACCAACGAAACGACUUUCGAGAUCGACGAUCCAACGUUUCUCCUAACCCAGGGCCCUCCCAGUCGGCUUACCGUGCUGAACCGCGGGAUUGGCACGCAGGUCACGCUGGUCAUAUCGCCGGAUUCCGAAAGCUCCGGCGUCGAUCCGGGGACGGAACUCAGAUUCUUCGACGAGUCCAUGAGCGGGGAGGUCCGGAUCAAAACCCACGAGAACGUGACCGGGACCAUCCAGAUGGCCGGGAGCAAUGUCCGGGCUGCCAUUGUCCGGUCCGGUGCCGACGACACGGGGGAGAACGUCGGCGGCGGUGAAAGGCUACGGGUUAGCGUCACCGGCUUUCGGCAGGUCGUCACCGCCGACGGCGACGACACGCACAUCGCUCUGGGGGGAGACUCGAACACGCUGUUCACCACCGGGGGAUGCCUUAUGAGGGACGGGGUAAUGACCGUGAGCUCCUCUUCCACCUGUGAGGAAGUCAACGUGGAUCUUUUGAGGAACAUCACCAACGGCACGACCAUCGCCAACGAGACAAGCGUUAGUGAGAUAGCAGCCGGUCCAGAAAGCAGCUGGCAGUGGACGUUGGGGGCGAACCUCAAUUAUACCAACGGCACGUUCCCCGACGCCUGGCGGCUGAAGCCAUUGCUGCCGGUUGUGAAGCUGCCCAAGGAUUGUCUAGUAGAAACAGAAACGAUGAAAUACAACUGCAAUCCGUUGCACUCGGAAACGAGGAGUGAGAAAUUUUUCAGUUUUGYUCCUCUUGUCAUCUUGUUUAUUUUCGUCKYUGUGGUGGUAGUGAUAAUCAUGAURUGUUUGUGACGGCCUUUCGUGGAACGAUUGGUUCUGGAAACUCUUCCGUCCGCGCCCUGGUGGUUACGGAAAGCUGUCACACUGCACGCAUGCUUCGAAGAAGUCGUGGCGACCAUUUCCUGAUGGACGCUGCCCGCCACGAAAAAGGGAACCCGGCGACGACUAACGCUCAUUUCUUGGCUUUCUUCGCAUGGAAGAUUCAUGAGCUGGYGAAGGAUGCAUGGCUGAGAAGGUGUUCUUCGUCUCGGAGCGUUUCCRUGGCACGAGAUAGCUACAGUGCAAUGACAGCAAUUAAACAAAAGAYACCGCU